AUUGAAGAUCGUGGCAACGUCGCUUCCCCACCAUUUACCGUGAUGCUCGGGCUGUCUUCCACCUCUCCUCCCCCUCCUCCCCCUAGAAAGAAUACACUUUGAAUGAACCGCCCCGAAAGUCCAAUCAUAAACAUUUCAAUCUGUCGGUUUUGGUGAUUCCCAGAAGAAAAGUUUCGGUUUUUGGCCAAGUUUGUCCUUCUUGAAAGCUUGUCGCCGUUGCUUAAGAAUACCCAGAAGCCGAAACCCGAAAGAUCAGUAUUUUUUCCUUGAAGCUGUUCAUCGACCCCACUUACCUCGACAUAAGAUAGCAGACUUGUCGUUCGUUGCCCCUGUCUCUCUCUGUCUCUCUCUCUCUCUCUUCUCUCUGCACGCUUGGGCGACUUCCAUGGAUAUCAAUCCUCCAAAUGCUGCUUCCCUCUUUGCAGAUCAGAAGUGUAGAAAAUCUUGUUUCUGUAACUUGUUUCCUGCAGCAUCUCUGUUUUGUCUAGCACUUUUCAUUGGGAGUGCACUGUUGGCAUCAGAUUACAGAGAGAAAUUUUCAGGAUGGGAUUGGAGGAUAAUUGAUAAAUCACAGAGUGCUAACACCAGCACUUGUGCAAAUCAAUGCAGACCACGUGGAAGUGAGGCCUUACCAGACGGUAUUGUUACCAGUUCUUCUGAUUUGGAAAUGAGGCCAUUAUGGAAUUCUGCAGAGGGCUCUCUUAGUUCUUUGUCUAACUUGUUUGCCGUGGCUGUUGGAAUCAAGCAAAAGGAUCUUGUGAAUAAAAUGGUUACAAAGUUUCUGUCAAAUGAUUUUGUGGUGAUGCUUUUCCACUAUGAUGGGGUUGUUGAUGAGUGGAAGGACUUAGAAUGGAGUGGUCGCGUUAUACAUGUGUCUGCAUUUAACCAAACUAAAUGGUGGUUCGCCAAACGUUUCCUUCAUCCAGAUAUAGUUGCAGAAUACAAAUAUAUUUUUCUGUGGGAUGAGGACCUAGGAGUUGAAGAUUUUCACCCCGAUAAGUACAUCUCUAUCAUCAAGACUGAAGGGCUUGAGAUAUCACAACCAGCCCUUGAUCCUACCAAAUCAGAUGUGCAUCAUCAAAUCACUGCACGUGGGAGGAGAUCGGUCGUACACAGGAGGACUUUCAAGCCUGGUGGUCCUGGUAAAGGUUGUGGUUCCAACAGUACAGCUCCUCCAUGCACUGGGUGGAUAGAGAUGAUGGCUCCGGUUUUCUCAAGAGCUGCCUGGCGCUGUGUAUGGUAUAUGAUUCAGAAUGAUUUGAUCCAUGCUUGGGGCCUAGACACACAACUUGGUUACUGCGCUCAAGGUGAUCGAAUCAAGACUGUAGGCAUUGUGGAUGCCGAGUAUAUAGUGCAUUAUAAUCGGCCGACACUCGGCGGUGGCAAUGAAAACCAGUCGGACUCACAAUCGCACAAUGAUACUUCUGAGACUGAAAAAGUGGAAUCAGAGCUUCUUGUGCAGGCACCAUCAAGGUCUCAUAAACAUGAUCCUAGAGUUGAAGUGAGGAGGCAGUCCUAUGUCGAGCUCGCAAUAUUCAGAAAAAGAUGGAAGAAAGCUGUCCAGGAAGAUGAAUGUUGGACUGAUCCGUACCCUCAAGCUGCAACGGACAAUAUCAUGGCCUAAUGUCCAGCGACGCUCCUCUUGUUAAGAAUUCCUUAGAUUGAUGGCUGUGUACAAUGCAAUGAGGACCGAGGCAGCAGUUGAUUGCAGGCAUUGAGAAGAUAAGCCUUGAUCUUAAAGCAUAGUUGAUGCAGUGCCAGGGUUUCAAAGAUACCGGGUACCUAGUGCUGCUGCUCCUGUAUAUAGUUGAAUCCUCCUUUUCGAUUGCAAGAUUGAUGAUUUGGUUGCGAGGUAAAUAUUCUCUAUACCUCGAUAUCAUUCCUUCUGUUUGUCCGAUUGAGAAGCAAUUAUUGUAUCACUCUCACAAACCGCACUCUUGUGUCUCAUACCGCUGGGCAAUGUUCCAUAAAACUUGUAAAGAGGGUUCAUGAAGGUUGUACUCCUUUGGACUGUCUCAUACUAUCUAUUGACCAGUGCACAUUAUGACCGGCCAUAAUAAGCUAUAGAAACUUUAAAGUUUGUAACUUUAGGAAUUACUGCCAUUUCAGGUUUCUCUGGAU